UGAUGCCGCCUGCUCUCGUCUGCUUUCUAGGCGAGGCCUUGUUCAUCUCGAACGAACCUAUUACUAUUUUAUUUUGCGUAUUUUUAUAUCUGAACUAGUGUUGUGAUCUACUUAUUUUUCGUUUUUUAUUUCAAUAAAUAUCUUUUUGUUUUUAAUUAUUUUUGAGAAGCUUCCUGUUUCGAAGUCGCGAUGUGCUCGUACUUCUUCCGGGUCAGUGCUCGCUCUCUACGGCAUGCUUUCGGAUUUUUUUCCCGUCAUACCAUGUGUAACUAAAAUCGGAAAAUAAAAUGAGUUCUCAGAAAGGUAAUGUAUCUCGGUCGCGACGCCAGAAGCAUCAAAACAGUUUUGCCUUCAAAAACGACAAGUACGGAGCGACGGUACAAGUGAAGAAGGCGAAAUCAAAGAUCCACGAUGGGCUAUGUCAACAUUGUAAGGGGGUUCUUGAGUGGAAAGUGCAGUACAACAAAUACAAGACUCUGACACAGCCUAAAAAAUGUGUCAAGUGUUCUCAAAAGACAGUGAAGGAUGCAUAUCACAUCAUUUGUAAGCCCUGUUCCCUUCAGCUGGAGAUCUGCAGCAAGUGUGGGAAGAAAGAGGACAUCGUUAUUCCAGUAAAUUCACAAGAAGACCAGAAGGAGGAGGAAGAGGAGGAAGAGGAUGAUGAUGAACAGAAAAAGAAAGGAAGUGGAAGAGGGAAGAAGGACUUGGAUGAUUUGGACAGUGAUGAUGAUUUUGAUGAUGAUGACUUAAGUGAUGUAGGAGAUGAUGAUAAUGGAGAGGACUGCACUAGUGAACCAAAGAAGACAUAGAACCGGUCAGAUGUGCUCCCAGGUGUUUAUGGAGUCAACGUUAAAGACUGAAGACAGUAAACGCAGCUUCUUUUUUUUUACAUUUAUACAAAGCAAGAAUUCUAAUCAAAGUACAGUACGAUGUUUAAGACUUGACCCAUCUUCAAAUUAAAUACAGCAAAUCAACAAAUGUGGUUUGAUGGAGUAUGAGCUAAUGUUACACUGGGGGGGUGAGUAGCCAGAAUAGCUGUAUUAUAUACUGUACAUUUCCCAAACAAUGCCACCUGGAUGUAUACAUUUUACUGUACUGUAAUAAACACCUGUACAGUGUGUACAUUCAUUUUUAA